AUGAGCACAAUUAAAACUUCAAAGUCUGGCAUAACAUACACAAAAAGAAAAACGAGAUCAAAAACUGUAAAAUUUGAAAAAACUCCUAAAAAAUCGGAAGGCAAGCGUACUGGAUUUGAGCGUUCCAAUACUUUAGAACAAGGAUCAGACAUAACGAACUCUUUUGAUCUUUCUCACGAUGCAAUCAGCAAGGAUGAUUGGAAAACUCAGUCUAUGAUGCAUGAAGACGUGGAAAGAUCUUUUGAUUCCAUCAAUUUCGAUAUGGCAAAAUCGUUUGAAUUGGAAAAUGGUCAUACUUUUGAAGGGCACAAAGAAAGUGAAAGCGAAAAUUCGCACAACGAAAAAUACGAAGAAAAUAAAAUUUCUUUAGAAAAUGUUAUCCAAGAAAGCCAAGAAGACGAAAAUCAGCUAAAAGAAGAGGUCAAGGAAAAUCCAAUAAUCCCGUUAGAAAAAGAAAAUAAUUUUAAAAUCGAAAUUAAAGAAGAACCAAAACUUAAAUCAAACAAAGAAAAUAAUGAGGCUGUUAAAAAUGCUUCUGAAACCAAGCCUAAAGAAGGAAAAAGCUCCAAAGUUAUAUAUGGAGUCGCUAUUGGUGCAUUAGUAUUACUAGGGAUUGGGAUUAUUUAUAUUAGAAACAAGAAAUAA